UGGGGCGAGUGUGAAGGGCACAGUGCUGUACGUAUGUGCUGAUAAUCUUGGUGCUCACUCUCUUGCAGGAUUCCAGGAGAGCUUCAUCGUCGACCGGUUUUGUCGUUUCUGUCUGGCAAGCAAGAGUCAAUUGAGCAAGAUUGAGAUGGCUGCACAACCAUUGAUGCUACGGAUUUUCGUUGACGAGAACGAUGUCAGGAGGGUCACCACUACAAGGCCAGACACGGUCGAAGAGUUGGUGGUGUGGAUAAAGAAUUUCAUACAAGCAAAUUACAGCUUCAUUCUUCAAUAUGAAGAUCCAGAGUUCAAUUAUGCCCUGUGCAAUUUGACAACUCUUGCUGACUUGCCUGACAAGGCAACGGUCAAAAUAAUUCCAGUUGUUGAACUCCAACCAGUUGAACUCCAACCAGUGACACCAGAGACUGAACACAGUGAUGCACUCAGUGAAGCUGACACUGAAAUCCUAUCAUCUCCUGGGUCCUCCAUGAGCACCAGAACAUUGCAGUGGCCAGGCGAGUUUGAGAUCCCGAAGUUCUCGGUUGAUGUGGAGUACCGUCUUCGCCAAGGGAACCUGCUGUAUCUCAGGGAUGGAGCUAAUCUGAAGGUGACCAAAGAACUUAAACAUGACAUUCUGCAAAAAUUGGCUGAAACUAUGUACACGUUUCAACCCUAUCCGGACCCCGGAAACUUUGAAGAGGUUGCAAAAGCCUUAGUUCAGACUCAUCCGUGUCUGAAAGAACGAGGUUCGUCUAGUGGCUUCGCUGGAUGGGUCAAUAGCCUGAAGUUCAAAAUGGGCAACUACCGGACCAAACUCAGACAGAUGGGACGACGUGACGUAACCGUUAACAGCAGGAGGCGUGGCGGGAUGUCUCCAGAUGGUGAGCACCCUCGCAAGAACAUCAAGAAAGCAAAGAAGGGGGAACUUAACUUCUUACCAGAUUUCCCAGACGGGAUGGACGAGGACAAGCUGGAGGAGCUCCGUCAGCAUCUCGCACAUGAAAUGAAGAAGGCCCAUCCGAAUACGGCCAUUGUCAACAGGUACAUGGAUCUCACCUUUGCCUUGCGCCGGAAGGAAGCAGUCCACGACAAGCCACCAAUUGCUGAAAUAUUGCACAGAUGGCCUGCCCUAUUCACAGAGAGUCAGAUUUGCUACGAGUUCAACAGAAUAGUCGGCAAGAAUCUCAGCAUCAGUUUUUUGCAAGCCCUUGACCAGAUCGCCCCCAACAUGAUUGAGAUCUUCAAAAAGAAAACCGGUACCAUGGGCCAGAAGCUGAAUCAGAUUAUUCUAGAGGCAAAGACAACUACACCAACAGACAUUAGGUGCCUGGUUCUACGUGGACUGCCAGUCAUCUUGGGUGAUGAUCCAGGAGUCUUCUUUAGGACCAGCUCUGAUGCCACUGAUGAAUUAGUUGCUGAAACGGCCGUGGGCCUACUCAUGUCGCCAGCUGACGGUGCUCACCAUCCAUCAUCCUGCAGCCACCAGCCACCAUCCUCUGGAGUGGCCAUCAUUCUGGAGGGGAGCAUCCUGAUGGCUGACAUUGAAACUCUGCCCCAAGCUUUUUACAUCCUCUUUGGGCUUGUGUACGCCUUACAUCUCGACUACCCCAGGUACAUGAGAAACACCUUCAACUUUGUGCAACAUGUUCUGCUGAACAUCGGUAAAGAGAAGCUAAACGCAAAAGUGCAAACGUUGAAGAACCAGCUCACAAUGUAGGCCUUUGUAUUAUCUUGCCCCCUCUCAGUUAAGCUUACAGUAUUUCUAUUUGUAAGUAUAUCUGUUAACAUUGUCAGUUUGACACAAUUAACAUUAGCCAGCGUACAACUUGUAUAGCCGCUUCAGUUUAUUGUUCACUAAAAAUGAUUUGAAUUACAGCCAUCAAUGUCUCAAAAUGUACCUCACAAAAGUGAGUACACCCCAUGUUAAAAUCUAACAGAGAAUCAUGAUCUGAAAGUACAUGUUGACAUGUGUGGU